GCCCCUCAAAAAGGGCCUUCGAAAAAAUAAGCCCCGGGGCUUAUUUUCGGAAUUAUGUGGGACGAGGUUGAUUUCGAGAUUGGGCUACCUGUGGUUUGAAGCGGCUGACUGUCAUGUGACGCUCAUAGCGUCACAGGAAAUGACCUUGAAAGGAACGAAACAACAGCAAUCAUGAUGGCGCUACGAGUCUUUCUCUUUACAUUCCUGUUCCGAGAAGCAGUAUCUCUGGUAAAUGUAGAUCCAAACAUGAAAUCGUUUUCGUAUGCUAUUAAGAGCGGCGUCCUAAAUUCUAGCAAAGAGCAAACACUUUACGAGCAUAACACAGGCCAACCUGGUGUGAUUACAGAGCAGUGGUUCACAGGCUAUGGGAUGGACGAAAAUACCAGGAUUAGAAUCUAUAUCGACGGCGAAACAGAAGCAAGUUUAGAUUUUAACCUGUAUCUGGCUCAUGGUAUGGGAUUUGGUGACCAGAAUGAGACACCAAAUAUUCCAUGGGGCACGAAGCGGCUUGGACAUGAAGCUAAAAACGGUGCAGUCUACAACACGUUUCGAAUUCCUUUUGGCAAAUCAUUCAGAGUUACAGCGACAAGACCAAAUCGUGCUACGUUCUGGUACAUCAUUCGUGGCGUAGAAAAUUACCCUGUUGUUGUGGGCGACCUUGUGCUUCCACCAAACGCAAGAUUGAAGCUCUAUAAAAGGGAAAAUGUUUUCAUGAUGCCUCUAGAGUUCUUGAAUAUGGCACACGUCACUGGCUCUGCAGGAGCAGUGUUCUUGGUGACUUUAGAUGUUGCCAGCUCUGACCUUACCUUUCUUGAAGGCUGCUUCCGUGCGUUCAUCGAUGGCAGUAACAAGACAAUGUGGCUUUCAUCUGGUACUGAAGACUUUUUCCUAUCUGCAUUUUAUUUUGAUGCCCCAAAGUUAUUUCAAGCGCCGAAUUCUGGAGUGACUUACAAAGACAAAGGUAGAGUCAGCGCGUACAAGUUUUUUGAAAACGACCCUUUGCUGUUUAGCAAAUCGCUGGACCUUUGGUGGCGAUGUGCUGAUCUUGAUAUCACUAAAGACAAGCAUGGCUGCCCUAACCGUUGGCCCAAUCCUAGCCCGUAUGCUGACCAAAAGCAGUUUUACAACAAAGCGAAGCUAUCCAAGGAAGAAAAGAUUGCCGUUGAAGAAAUUAGGAAAGGCUUGAAGAAGAACGAAGAGUUACCCAAGAACUGGGCAGCCAUGGAGAAAGAAAGGAUUGCCAAAGAAGGAAAGCCAUAUGUGUAUGCUACUUUUCACCCAGCUAACGUGACGACAUUCACCUGGGUGUAUGAAUGGUAAACGUUUGGCCUUACACAUUGAGGUAAAUUAUAUGGGGACGGAGUUAUUAGGAAUAAAUAAUAAUAGUAUUGUAACAUAGAGGGCAAAAUGACUUAAUUUUGAUUGGCUAAUAAAGUGCAAUUUGGAAAUGAAGAAGGCAUAAAUGUGACUAGUCUGAAAUGCCUGUGGGGUGCUCAGGAAUGAGAUGUCUGAAUUUCAAGCGUCACCUACUUUUGUGAAUAUGGUAGGUAUUUUCUGAUUGGCUUAUACCUUUCAGGAAUACAAAACCUUUCAUUGUUGGCUGAAUGCGCUGAGGAAAACAUGCUGGUCUGAAAUAGUGUUGACGGGUUAACAAGACUAAUUAUGAAUUGCUGUGUGAAAUGUGACCUUGGAGUUACCCUCUCUUCACAAAGUGAAGACCUUUUAAUAGUAACAACUGACUAGGAACCUUUUAAUUCCAAAACUGCAGUCUUGCUUUAGGCACUUGUAACAAAAAAUGUACUACCACGACAGUUGCAUAGACUAUUAAGCUAAAACAAAAGUAAUUGCCAAUGGAGAAAGUGUAGGAUGUUGAUCUCCCACCCACAGGAAAUAAUUACUCAAUACCAGCUUCAUGACCUAUAAAUUUUAGACUCAGAGCGGCAAAAGUAAGAUUUGCUCAGUCAGAGUUUAACAUUACUCCGUGUACUGCAUAACCUAAGCGAAAGAAAGAAAAAAGGAACCUCUGUAGUUCAGGCUAACUCCAAGUCCAAGUUUACAUUUCACACUAUCACAAGCUUAUGAGUCGUGUUUAGCCUGUUAACACUUCAUUUCAAACCCAAAAAGUUAAACUACCCCAUAAAUUUAUUCUGGAGGUUUUAUUGUCAAGCUUCACAGCACUCAAAACACACAACUCUUAAUAUCGACCAUAUUGCAUGCUGCUGUUCAGGGUUCCGUGACAUAUGGCUGCCAACUUGUCAAGAAAUGGAAGUUAGGCAAAAAUGCAUAAAGUACUAGGUGACGUCACUAGACAGUAUUAAAACGCUUGGAAUUCAGACGUCUCUUUCUCCUUGUGCCCCCCACAGCUUAGGGUGUGGAGAUGUGUGACAUUUCAGAUUAAAAUGUGAGCUUCUCCAGGAAAACUCCCACUAAUGCUGAGGACGCUGCAUAGUGUCCCUUUACAUGCCAACGUCUGAUUUACACCCCACUUGUUGUAGGAGAGGAAAACUGGCACAGUUUUGUUGAUGAUUAAUUUUAUUUUUAUUGUUUGUUCUAUUACAGGCAACCCUUCAAUAUUGGGACUUAACAGAAAGAGAGCAGUGAUGACAGUUUGUGAGAAGAGAUACUUCCAUUUCAAUUUGUUAAUGUAUAUAUGUAGGUGUAGGGAAUGUGCACAAAUAAUUUAAUGUCACAUGAAUUACAUUCUUAAAAGGUGCCCUCAAUUUUUUUCUUGUUUAUUGUUUUAAUCCCUUUGAGCGAAAACUUCGCAGGAUAACGGAUCCCAAAUAAUAAUGUAUUUUUUGGUUAUUUAUGCCGUGUUUAGACUUGAGCGUGCUACCGAAGUAUUGGAGUUAACUUACCUAGGUAAAUAUUUUACGUGUGUAAACGCCAACUGAUACCCUGGUAAACACCGCUCAAGACAAUAGAAAGUUAACUUAGGUAAAAGUCCGGUUUACCCUGCGAGCAGGCAUGGUUAAGGUCGGUAACCAAGGUUUGGAUGACAGAUACAUCCGCUUGCGGUCGCAUAGAAUUUCACAUCCUCUGGUGUCGGGAUUGCGUCAGUCUCAUUCGAUCACGUUUUCGAACGUACGUCUUGAUAUUCUAAAGUUCUCUUUCCACCAUUCUUCAACAAAAUUUCCGUUUAAUAGAGUUUCAAACCAGAAUUGGUUUCUCGGCCACGACCACGCACGUCUAACGUGCCUUGUCUUGCGAAGGGCAAUUUGUAGCAGAAAUAAUCGCUUUCGCCUGGACCUCUUUAGGUGCUGCAAAAGUAAGAGCUGCUGCAAUCUCGAUUCCUGGGUUUGCUCAUCAAGAACAAGAAAAUAAAACGCGAGGACUACAAGAGCCACAGCUUCUCUAUUAAACGCGAGCAUUUUAUGCGUGGAUUUAGAAUUUGUCACCAAUUCGAUUAGAUUGUGAUUGAUGACAGAUUUACCUUAGUUAUUUGAGCCCGUAUAAACACUGUACAAAUGUACCAGGGUUUAGUCAGUUAAUGUUUACCUUGGUAAACGCUCGAGUGUAAACACAGCAUUAGUUUUGAUGGUUUUUGACAUGACAGUGAUGUCAUAAGUUUGACAGACCGUUAGGGAUAAAAUGUGAUCAGAAUUAAAGUUAAGCGGAGAAAUGAUAAAAACAGUUCCAUUAUCCAACAAAGUUUCAUCUCAGACAGAAAAUUGUUUUAUACAAAAGUAGUUAGUAAAUGGCCCAUUGGUGUUGGCACCUUAUCCAAUGAACCUGUAUCAUAUCAAGAAUUCAAAAUUUGGGGGAAAUGAGUUGAAUAAGUGGGGGAUGAAUAACAUUAUUUUGUAAACUGUAGAAAUGUUUUCUUUGUUAUUCUAUUACUCUUGUAGCAUACCAAUGAUAGGGAUUAGUAUGUCAGGGAAUUUUUUUCUGUUCUACUCAUCCAUUUGAUGGACACUUGUACAAUGUAGAUCGUCUGAACAUAAAAUUCACUUGUCCAUUAAAUGUUGAAAAAUCCAAGGAUAUAAAAUACAACAGCAGCCACCGUACACUAAGUCAUGAUACAGUAUUGCUUGGUUUUGCAAUGGUUUCUUUGCUGAAGCAAAACUUUUUUAUAUUUUUUGUAGGGGGAUUUUGAUAAUAUAAGAAAAACAAUCAUCUUGACAACGAUUAACUUUUCAAUAUUUUAUUCUGUGCAGGCACAGUACACUUAACGUGUCUAUUCAGACAAUUGCUUCACAAGUUUAAGUAUUCCCAGAGGAAAAACAACUUCUUUUUUCAGAUGGGUGUUUUUUUUUUACUUUUACUACAGUACUUAAUUUGCUUCAAAAUAGAAAUAAUAUUUAUAGAGGGAGCCCAACUUGCCAAGCCAGUUUUCAGUGGGGCCCUUUUCAUUAGUUGUACUAGUUACUUGUUUGUCUUAUCUCAGCGGACUUGUUUUGCCAAUGCACUGGAAUAAUGAGGGAUUUUAAGGGACAAAGCAGACUACAAACAGCGUAUUUCAAUGGGGGUAGUUUGUCCUGAUGAAAAUCACAAAUCCAGUCUUCAUCAUUGUUUCAGUCCAGUAGUUAUGCAUUAAUUAAUACAAAUUUGUAAGUAAUACAAGCACAGUCAAACCUCCUUAACAUAGACCCAAAGGGACCAAACCAAGUGUCUGCAUUGCAGAUGUGUCAGGCUUAUUAUAGAGGUACAGAAUGUGUUGAGCUUGGUAUGUUUGGGGCCAAGAGGCCAGAGGUCCCUUCCAGAAAUACUUAGGGUAAAAUAAACCAUGCUGGCUGUUCAGAAAGCUCCCACUUUAUGCUUCUCGAAUGCAUCACUGUUGGUGCUUUGCCUCUCACACUUGCAGUUUGGCCACUAAUAAUCUCUGGCACCAAGGGUAUCUCUACUGCUGUUACAGCUGUAUUAGGUGUCUUUAAAGGGGGUUUGACCAUUUGUUUUUGAAUUAAGUAGACUUCAUAGUAUGUGUGCCUUUAAAAACUACUUUUUUGCCAAACAAAUAAAAUUGUGAACAUGUGAAAUAUUUGGGAAUGUUUUAUUUUUGCUUUAUUACCAGUCACAAAUAUCAGAAGACAAGUGCAAUCCAUAUGCUUAUGGAAUAAUAAUAUAACUUGUUACAGGAUUUGUAUGCAUCUUGAAAACCCUGGAAUUUUUAGAGUCAUUGUACAAGGCCUUGAAAGUCCUUUAAAUUCUCUUUCAUUCAUUUUGGUCCUUUAAAGUCCUUAUUUGAUUUGAGGAACAUUUUCAAACCUCCAAAAAACUUGGGCAAAUACCAGUUUGAAGCCAACAGAAUAAAAUUGACAUCGAGGAAAUGAAGGUCAGGUAUGGACUGCCUGUGAUGCGAGAGGCUGAGGUCUAGAAUGAUUACAAGCCAUCUUGUACCUUGAUUUGUCCCGUGCUGCAGGGGAGUAGUUUGAGAUUUUAAAUAUGUACACACAG